GUUUGAGGUAAUGGUUGGCUUCUGUUUUGAUGUUCACUUGAGCGCAACACCCACUCCCGAAGCCUCCAUUCUUCUAGUAAUACUAAUAGAGGAGCAUAGGAAACAGGAAGUUCGCUGACGAAGUCACUGAACGGUUUGAAACUGAUUACUGUGCACUUUUUGUUUUGAAUGAAGAUGUUGAUUUUGUAGCUGAGGUAUUGUGAUUCUGUGAGUGAAUUUGCUGGCAUGCUAAAUGGCCCAGGCCACGCGAGGAAGAUCGGCACAGAUUGCAGUAGGGAUUCUGCCAUGGCGUGAGGUAAAUCAAGCUUGGACGUGACUGUUGCAGGCCAGUGCUGUGUAUAGCAGAGUUUGGGGAAUCGACAUUCCACAUUUGUACUUUUGCGAUCCCAAUCUCUCCUGAUGUGUCGUGCUCAAUGUCGACCCGGCACCAGUGCCUUGCACUUCCGGCGUGUCGUUACAGUGCUGCUGCUGUGGGCUUAUUGCUUUACGUGUGUGGUGAGCUUGGAUGAAAGUUUUCGUACCCGUAGGCAGUCGACACCAGCAGCACACUCACUGCGAGUUACGUUCCAUCAGCUGUCAGCAGCCAACUCCACGCAGCUUUCUGCUGCUCAGCAAGGCAGACUGGAGGCUGUCCUCGCUGCAUCACGUGACUGGGCCCUGCAAACUCUGACCGUGCUGCAGCCGUCCAGCCAGCCACUGCGUCUGAAUCGCGCAUGCCAGGGCGUCGUGCAGUACACGCCAUCGGCCUCCUCCAACCUGCGUCAGUACUUCUGCCGAGAGCCAGCCGCGUGCCGUAACUACACCUCCUGCGGGCCCGCUAUACCGCAGGUACCUGCCGAGCAUCUGGAGAAAUGUCAACUCUGCUUCCUGAGUAGGCCGACCAUCUUGAGCUGUGAUUCGGACCCGAACGAUGUCGCCGCGGAUUCUCCCGGCUUACCCAGUACGGACCUGGUGGUGUAUGUCGUGAAUCGGUGCGACCUGGUGACGGAUUCGGGUAGCUUGUCGUAUGGCUCGUCCUGUGGCUUGCGCUACGGGCCGACGGAUCGGCCGAAUGCCGGCUGGAUGGCGGUCUGUCCGGAUCGGUUGGGAUUGGCCAAGGCUGACCUAGCGUAUCAAGUGUCUGAGGUGCAACGCCAACUCAUCCGCAUUCUCGGCGUGUCGAGCACGGAGUUUGCCUACUGGCGUGACCCAGUAUCUAACACAGCUCUAACACCGCGUGGCUCGCAGAACGAGCCUGUUGGUCCCGGUCCUGACAACGUGGCGUCGACUACUCUGGCUGAAGUAUCGCAGAAUGGCCCAGGCGGUAACCAGCGCCGCUACUACGAGCUUCGCACACCGGCAGUACUCGCAGAGGCGAGGCGUCACUUUGGCUGCCAGUCUCUGACCGGCAUGCCAAUGGAGGAUUAUGCCAACCGCUCCGCGGAUCUGUUUGAGAUGCGCGUGGCCGGCCCGUCCGAGCUGCUCACACUCCGCUCGUUUCUGCCCUCAACACGACUGAGUCCCGUUGUUUCUCGCUUGACACUGUCCGCGCUGGCAGACACUGGCUGGUAUUCUGUUGACUAUGACCGGGCGUUCACACUGCACCAUGGCUCAGCGCGCGGCUGUGCCUUCGUCGAGGACGACUGCCUCAGCUAUGUCAACACGUCCAUGCCGAACAUGUCUCUUGUCUCCUACCCGCACGUGAACGAGAGCGUCGUCUCAGCGUUCUCGGCAGUCAGUGCAGCGUGGGCCACCGAUCCGCAGCCCAGCUCUGUAGCUGCUCUGCCGUUCUGCAAUAUCGUACGACCGUCGUCCACCACCACCUCAUCCUCCUCUUCGACGUCGUCAGUGGCACCGUUUGCACGAUGCUCGGCCUCGCGUCAGCGCAUCACGGCGUGCAAUCUCGUGAAGACGUCCACCCAGCAUCAAGGAUCAGCGUACACCUAUUUCCAGGAUAGUGAUGUCCAGGCGUCGGCUGAUCCAGCGUCGGACUACUGCCCCACAUUCUCACCAUUCUUGUCCAACGGUAGCAGCAGUAGCAGUAGCAGCAGCAGUCCUUCUGCAGGCUUUGUGUCUCUAUGUGAUGGUAUCUCCUCUGCUCCAGCAGUCAACUGGGCACUGGAGCAAUACUCCGCGUCAUCGCUGUGCGUGGAACAUUCUGAGCUCUGGCGUCGCCUACCCAAUGACGACAGUGGUGUGUACCAAGUGCAGACCGAGGCCAGCGACAUUCGCUACUACGGUGCGGGUUGCUAUCGACGCGAAUGCACUGCCGACGGCUCAUUACGGAUAUGGAUUGGUAAUGUAGCACUGAAGUGCCAGACAGUUGGUCAAACUAUUCCGUUUUCCUUGACCAUCAACACCAUCCAGUACAAUGGCGGUAUUGUCUGUCCUUCGCCCAGCCUAUUCUGUGCCGUGUCGCGUUGCCCUGGCAACUGCUCCUGGCAUGGCGACUGUCAGCUGGAGUCUGGUACCCGCAAGUGUAAUUGCUAUGCGGGCUACUCCGGCGCAUCAUGUAAUCACCUAGUCGACGGCACAGCAGUGGACCUAACAUCGGCAUCUUCAGCCAACCCGGACAUCGGGCCGCCAGAACCGCAAUACUUCACCACUCGUGUCAUCGCCAACAUCAGCAUAGCAUCCCUGGUUGUUUUCGUUGGUGGACUCAUCGCGUUCCUCACCCAGUGCGUAGUGCCCGCCAUCAACGUCCGCAAGGUGCGUCGUGAGGCUCACCGUCGUCGCAACCUGCAAACACAGCAAGUGCAGAGUGCUGGCGAGAUGGAGCUGCAGCGUAUCAACAUGAACAUGCGUAAUGCAGAUGCUAUCGAGGUGAUUGACUCCACACACGGUGCAUCGUAUCCCCGCCAGCCUGGCUUCAUACCGCCACCACUCGGUGGCUAUCAGCGACAACACAUGGCAAGUCAAAGCUCGGAUAUUCAGCCCAAGAGUUCCGACGAGCAAUUAGACAUCGAGAUCACGGAGGAGGGUGUUGCCGACGCGGUGGCUGCUGGCCGAGACAAUGGCUACCCGGCCGGCAGUAGCAUUGAGUUGGGACCUAUUCAGCACCACGUCACACAGCCCGUGCCGGUCGUAACCAGUGGUGGGGCGGCCGCUCAACCUGCUGGCAGUGUUGUCUAGGCAUCUGCGUGGUUUGCACUGUGCAUCCAUGUGCACGUGUGUUUUUCUUCAAUGAGCUGGCUACGUAACGACGGUGUACUUCCACCUGUGCUUCAUCCAUGGAGAACAGGAUCGAAAUUGUCGUCGGUUUCUAGCUGACACACUCCUACCACAAUAUUCUGACUCCGCUCAUGGUGGAGUGUGUCUCUACGUGCCAGUCACGAGGGUGAGUUUUUUGGAGGUGUAGCAUACCGGCUUGAUUCGCUGCGAGUCGUUCUCUGGCACAUUCAGCUAGGGCUGUACUGUGCAGUUGGUUCGAAUGCUGCAGCCGUGCUCUGUGCUGGUGUGUACCUGCCAACACCAGCAGCACCACCACCACCAUGACUACCACCACCACCACCACCACCACGACUACCACCACCACCACCACGACUACCACCACCACGACUACCACCACCACCACCACCACCACGACUACCCGCUACCUUGUUCCUGGCCGGACGGUGGAUGGUGGAUAAUCUAGUUCCACCAUCCGGUUUUGCUUGUAGCCAGGAACGCUGCCCGCUACCGUACGUCAUCCAUCCUCAUUGUAGGUCAUUCUGGCUGGCUGGUUUCUGCUGUCAGCUACCCAGCCACCCACGUAUCCGUGUAUCCGUUGGCUGAUCAGUUUCGAUAGGGUGAUGAACACUGCCGCUGCUGAGUGCUGUGCCCCCAUGUUUUCACCGGCGCUUACGCCGUAAGCGCUUGAGAUUUGAGUUUGAUUCUGUGUGCGUGACUCCACUAGUAGCCACGUAGCAUUGUUGCUUUCUGGUGACUAUCCGUUGGCUUCGCUGCCACUUGACUGUCUGUGUGUGUGACAUGUUGAGCAUGUAGACACACUGACAUGCACCCGCACACACACAGUUUGAGAUGAGCUCUCCUGCCGAGUUUAUCUCCGCUGUACAUACGAUAGUUUACGAUGCCGAUAGUGACAAGCAUCUACGUGCAUCAAAGCCACAGCGCUACAAGGUCAUGCAGUACAGUUUGUUCUGCCGUCUUAUAUCGAGCGUAGGCCCAUAGGCACACAUACAUGUACAUGGCUAUAUGCACAUACUUUCCGAGGCACUGCGCAUACUUCAGCACAUAACGUCAUCACUAGUCAUGAUUGAGCCGCGCAUGUGACUCUAAUAAUAUUAUUAGUAAACUGCUCUGUCGUGUGUUCAAAACCAUUAUAUUAUUACUCCAACGUAUGAGAUCAUCGGUAUGUUUCCUUCCUAACUGGCUGGCCAGCAUUGCUGUGGUACAUUUUGUAAUUUUGCAUACCGUUUUAUUUAGUGACGUCUACCUUUCAGUAGGCUGUCUCCGUCUGCCUGUCUCUGUCUGUCUCUCUAUGUCUGUGUCUGUGUGUGUCUGUCUCGUUGUUAUAGAUGUGUUGUUGUUGUUUGACGUUUGUUGUUCUGGAAGCGCCACAUCAUGCUGACGUAGUGCCAGUUGCCGUCAGGCAUCAUCCUGGCUGGGCCGGCGGUGUUCUACAUCUACUCUUAGCCGCAAUGCCUGCUGCUGCUCUGUAGGCCUUCUCUACUCUAGCUCACAAGCUCAAUCUCAUGCUUUUCUCAACGCUUGUUAGCUGCGUCUGAACUCUCAUUCUCACUGUGUUGAAGACAUUUUUUAAAUGCAGUUUCUAUUUUUA